GUUUUUUUUGGAUGUCAUUUUGACGUUCGUCAUUUGUAAUCUGUAAGUUCGUCACCUAUAAAUUUUUAAUAAAUUAUGUCACUGUGGCAUUUAACUAAAGACUCUGACAAACCCACCAAAACACAUCAAUAUAGUCUUUAUGGCAUGCACGUUUGUCCUUACACGCACCGAGUGAAACUUAUCUUGAACGCAAAGAAAAUCCCCUAUGACAUGGUCAAUAUAGAUUUGCACAAUAAACCAGCCUGGUUCAAAGAUAUCAAUCCCGAAGGAAGAGUCCCCGCAUUGGAUACAGGUAACGAAAUACUGAUUGAAAGUUUACAGAUCGCGAAUUUUUUGGAUAGAACACAUCCAAAUCCGCCGUUGUAUUCGCAAAAUCCGGAGGUUGCACGACAAGAAAAAGAUUUAAUAUUGAGGGUCGAAUUGUUGAUUCACCUGUGGAACAGAUGCGUCUUUCAAAUGGAGGAACUGAACGUGAACCAGUGGAUAACGAAAUUCGUGCCGCAUUUAAUCGCACUUGAAAAAGAACUGAUUAAAAGGGGCACCAAGUAUUUCGGCGGUGCCAAACCGGGAAUGAUUGAUUACGUGUUGUGGCCGUGGGCAGAAAGAUCGGAAUGUGUGAAUAUGUCGCUAAAAACGACAAUGCCGAUAAACGUGUUCAACUUUCCGAAACUGUGGCAUUGGAAAUUGGACAUGUUGGACGAUGAAGCUGUUAAGGAAGCAUUUGUCGGGCCGGAGAAAUACUGGAAAAUCGCUGAAGCUAAACUUACUGGAGCCAUACCAGAUUAUGAUAACACAUUAAUAUGAUUUACAAUUAAAAUAUACAGAUUUACAAGUGACGAAAUAAAAUUAUAAUUAAAAU